GUCGCCCCCCGCCAGAGAUGAAUCACACCAAGGGAGGCCUGCUGAUCUUCACUGCCAACUCACACCCAUCCUCUAGGGAGCUCAGCAAGAGGAUCGCAGAGUCAGAACACACACACACACACACACACAAACACACACAUACACUCAGAGAAACUCACAAUGGCACACAGACAUUCUCAGAGUCAGUACACACACACACACCCACACACACAUACACAGACACACACAGAAACUCACGUUGGCAUACACAGACUCUCACUGUCUCUGCUCCCUUGUAGUUGGCUUUCUCCUCUUUUCUCCCAUGUCAGUGGCCUUCCCCUCUUUGCUCUCUUCUCACAGAAUGUCUCCUCUGCUCUCUUUUCAUUGGCUGUCUACCCUCAGCUCUCUUCUCAUUGGUUAUGUCUCCAUUUGCAGGCGUCUAGGGGUGGAGCUUGGGAAGGUGCAGGUGUACCAGGAAGACAACAGAGAAACGCGUGUUCAGAUCCAGGAGUCAGUUCGAGGCAAAGAUGUCUUCAUCAUCCAGACAAUGUCUAAGGACGUGAACACUACCAUAAUGGAGUUGUUGAUCAUGGUGUACGCAUGCAGGACGUCCUGUGCCAGGAGCAUCACAGGGGUGCUUCCUUAUUUCCCCUACAGUAAACAGUGCAAAAUGAGGAAGAGGGGAUCCAUUGUCACUAAGCUGCUGGCCUCCAUGAUGUGUAAAGCAGGUCUGAGCCAUCUCAUCACGAUGGACCUUCAUCAGAAGGAGAUUCAGGGUUUCUUUAACAUCCCAGUUGACAACCUGAGAGCUUCACCCUUCUUACUGCAGUACAUACAGGAGGAGAUUCCUGAUUACAGAAAUGCAGUGAUCGUGGCCAAAUCUCCAGCCUCUGCUAAAAGGGCCCAGUCGUUUGCGGAAAGGUUGCGUCUUGGUAUUGCAGUGAUUCAUGGGGAGGCCCAGGAUGCUGAGUCAGACCUUGUGGAUGGACGACACUCCCCCCCCACUGUCAAGACCACUGGAGCCAUUCACCCCAGCAUGGAGAUACCCUUGUUGAUCCCAAAAGAGAAGCCUCCCAUCACGGUGGUUGGAGACGUAGGAGGACGAAUCGCCAUCAUAGUGGAUGACAUCAUUGAUGAUGUCGAUAGUUUCCUGGCGGCGGCCGAGACAUUGAAGGAGCGCGGAGCGUACAAGAUCUUCAUCAUGGCAACGCAUGGCAUCCUGUCCUCUGAUGCACCAAGGCUCAUAGAGGAGUCACCCAUCCACCAGGUGGUGGUAACCAACACUAUUCCACACGAGCUCCAGAAGCUCCAGUGCCCUAAGAUCCAGACAGUUGACAUCAGCAUGAUCCUCUCCGAGGCCAUCAGACGCAUCCACAACGGAGAGAGUAUGAGCUACCUGUUUGCAAACAUAGGGGUUGACGACUAAAGACACACCUGAAGAGUAUGCAAACACUAACAUAACGCAAACUGAACACACACACACAAACCCACUCUGGUUGUUGUCACUGGUUCUACGAUAUUACCAUUCCUGGCUGUAGACUUGUCGCUCUCCCUUUUCAAUCUUGCCAUCUCUCCUUCUUUCAAUCUCUCCAUCAACAUCUUAUCAUCUAUGGAAAUGAAUCAUGUGUAAAUAUUUUUAUUACAUAUGAAUAUCCCCCACCCAGUGCCUUCAAUUAUCACAUUCUCAACUUACCUAGCUAGCUAACUAACUAACUACUUAGCAUGGACUUUUACCUUGUGCUUUUGAAGUUUUAACUAUAAUUAGUAUGGUUGUUAUAGUAACUUUGGUUGUUAUAGUAACAUGGUCAUGGACAAUCCAGUCCAUAGGUUUUUUAAUAUUGAUACCAGUUUAGUUUUUUUGGCUACCAGCUUUAAUUUGAGGGUAUCUUCAUCCAUAUUGGAUGCAUUUAGAAAUAAAAGCAUGUUUUGUUUUCAGCCCUCCCAUUUAAAACAUUUGCAUUGGCUUCACAGCUGUCCUUCAUUAGGCAGGUGUGUUGGUUGGCAUCAUUAGUGCACAAUGUCUAGUUUUAAUUCUAGGCUUUGCAUUUGCUGUCAGUUGUUGAUGUUUGACAACACAAGGACCAAAGAAGUGUCAAUGCAAGUCAAGCUGUCCGUUAUGAUGUCGAUAAAUAAAUGAAUAGUGUAAUCAUCAGGUGUGCCAAAAUCCACUGUGUGGUAUAUUAAUAGAGAAAGUACUGGUAAACUCAGCAAUGCCAAACAAAUAACCUUUAAAGUGGCUGACCAAAUAAUGUUUACCAUAAUGAAUAGAAUACAAACAAAGAAACUGCCACGACAGUUAAGAAACACUCUCCAGGAGGUGGGUGUGGAUGUAUCAGCAGCCACUACCAUUCUUUCAAGACUUCGCCUGGCAAAUUACGGCAGCUUGACAGCAAGGUGCAAAAACACUAAUUAGCCUCAAGAACAGGAUGGUCUAAAAAAUACCAAAAUGUUUGGGGACAUAUGUGAUAGCAUUAGAAAUGUCACCAAAGUGAUAGCAUGAGAAAUAUCACCAAAGUGAUAGCAUGAGAAAUGUGUGGAGAAAAGUAAAUUGGUUGACAUACCAACUGAUAUGGUGAUGUGUUUUGGGCUUGAAUGGCUGCCACUGGAACUGUCUCACUUAUCUUCAUUGAUGAUGAUUCAUUUGGAAGCUUAGAGAAACAUCUCAGAUCCAACAAAAGAUUUAUUUCACAGCACUUGCAGCAGGACAAUGACCCCAAAAAUACUGUAAACAACCAUCUGUAAACAAUCUGUUUUUCAGUCAAAAUGUUGGAUGUCCUGGCCAGAAACCUGACCUAAAUCAAAAUGUUCCUGCUGAAGACAGGAAUGAAGGCAAACAUGCCCAGAAACAGUCAGUGAUCGAAUGCAAAGGUUUUACCACCAAGUACUGAAUAUGAUGACUUUAGACUUGAAGUUAACUUGAAGUUAAUUUGUUCAGUAAUUUUUGGUACCCUGAAAAAGGGGGAGGGGGCAGCUUAUGUAUGAAAAGGGUUGUAAUUCCAAUAAGGUUUCACAAUUUAUUGAUUUAAAUACCCUCAAAUUUAAGCUGACAGCCUGCAUGUUAACCACUUAAUCUUGUUUCAUUCAAAUCCCGUGUGCUGGAGUAUAAACCUCUCACACGUCAACUGCCUCUGUGUCCUUGAUCCGCAGCACUGCAGUGUUUUGGGAACACCAUAUUGUUGUGUCUUAACUGUUUUCCCUAACCUGGACACGUCAUGAAAUCCCACUGAACACGACUUCUUUCUUGUCAUCCUUCGAUCUUGUCUCAUCUCAAAAGUCUUCUAUUUCUGUCCGUGAUUCUUUCUCAUUGGUGUGAAGUGUCUGAAAGGAUAAUGACAACAUUUGAGUGUUUUUUUUUUAGCGCUAGUCUGUAGAGACUGUUGCCAUGGUGACACUUGAAAUGUAUCAGUUGAAUCAGGAAGUUAAGCUCUAGAACAGGGAUGUUUAAACUUUUUGGCUCAAGUGCCACACUGGCAUUUAAACAUUUUUACGGAGGGCCACAAAUUUUUUGUUAGAUUGUUUAUCAAACUUGAUUUGCAGGACAGAAUAGGGCAGUUAUUAAGAUUAUGAUGGUGAUAAUGAUGAUUGUGAUGAUGACAGUGAUGAUGGUGUUUAUGAUGAUGAUUAUGCCGGUAAUGAAGCAAAUGUUUGUUAUGGUACUUAAUGUUACAAGCUUUUGUAUUUAUUGUAUUUUCUGCACUGAAAGAAAAGUAUUAAAUUACAGAUAUGCUAUGUU